AGUAUUGCGCAGGCGCGUUUGGUAGAUUCGGUGAGUGGGAAGCUCUUGGAGGCGGUGACCCAGGCAUCUGGGGAGCCACUGAUGUCGUAUUCUCUUAAACCCUACUUUGCUCCCCCUGUGGACAUGACCCCUUAGAUGGCAUUUUGCAUCCCACUUGUUUUGUGAUGGAGGCGUCUUUGGGGAUUCAGAUGGAUGAACCAAUGGCUUGUUCACCCCUGUGUGACCGAUUUCAGGCGGAAGGCUCGUUUAAAAAACAUGAGCAGAAUUUUAAACUACCAGCACAGUGUCUGGGACAGGCAUUUAAUAAAUGUUUGAUAAAUAGAAGAGUUCCAGUUGACUGUGUAUUUUUCCUAAAAGGUGUUAAAAAAGAUAUUGAGAAACUUUAUGAAGCUGUACCACAGCUUGGCAAUGUGUUUAAGAUUAAGGACAAAAUUGGAGAAGGCACUUUUAGCUCUGUUUAUUUGGCUACAGCACAGUUACAAGUAGGACCAGAAGAGAAAAUUGCUCUAAAACACCUAAUUCCAACAAGUCAUCCUGUAAGGAUUGCAGCUGAACUUCAGUGCUUAACGGUGGCUGGGGGGCAAGACAACGUCAUGGGAGUUAAAUACUGCUUUAGGAAGAACGAUCAUGUAGUUAUUGCUAUGCCGUAUCUGGAGCAUGAGUCCUUUUUGGAUAUUUUGAAUUCUCUGUCCUUUCAAGAAGUACGGGAAUACAUGUUUAACCUAUUCAAAGCUUUGAAACGCGUUCAUCAGUUUGGUAUUGUUCACCGUGAUGUUAAACCCAGCAAUUUUUUAUAUAAUAGGCACCUGAAAAAGUAUGCCUUGGUAGACUUUGGUUUGGCCCAAGGAACCCAUGAUACAAAAAUAGAGCUUCUCAAAUUUGUCCAGUCUGUGGCUCAGCAGGGAAGUUGUUCACAAAAUAAAUCCCACGUCACAGGAAACAAGAUUUCAUUGAGUGGCCCAGGAGCACCUAAGGAGCUGGAUCAGCAGCCCACCACAAAAACUGCUGUUAAAAGGCCCUACACAAAUGCACAAAUUCAGAUUAAACAAGGACAAAAUGGAAAGGAGGGAUCUGUAGGCCUUUCUGUCCAGCGCUCUGUUUUUGGAGAAAGAAAUUUCAAUAUACACAGCUCCAUUUCACAUGAGAGCCCUGCAGUGAAACUUAUGAAGCAGUCAAAGUCUGUGGAUGUGCUGUCUAGAAAGUUAGCAACGAAAAAGAAGACUAUUUCUACGAAAGUUACGAAUAGUGGUGUGAUGAGGAAAACUGCCAGUUCUUGCCCAGCUAGCCUGACCUGUGAUUGUUAUGCAACAGAUAAAGUUUGCAGUAUUUGUCUUUCAAGGUGGCAGCAAGUUGCUCCUAGGGCUGGCACUCCGGGAUUCAGAGCACCAGAGGUCCUGACAAAGUGCCCCAAUCAGACCACAGCAAUUGACAUGUGGUCUGCAGGUGUCAUAUUCCUUUCUUUACUUAGUGGGCGAUACCCAUUUUAUAAAGCAAGUGAUGAUUUAACUGCUUUGGCUCAAAUUAUGACAAUUCGUGGAUCCAGGGAAACUAUCCAGGCUGCUAAAACUUUUGGCAAAUCAAUAUUGUGUAGCAAAGAAGUUCCAGCACAAGACUUGAGAAAACUCUGUGAGAAGCUCAGAGGCAUAGAUUCUAACAGUCCCAAGUUAACAAAUGAUAUUAAAGGGCCUGCUUCUAAUGACCCAACUUUUUCAGAGAAAACUGACCACAAAGCUGCUCACCUCAUACAAACACCUCAGGCACAGCUCUCAGGGAAUUCAUUGUAUGAAGGGGACAGUAAUGGUGGCUGUGGGGGUCAUUUUACCACGUACACAACCAACUUAGAAGGCUGGGAUGAGGUACCUGAUGAAGCUUACGACCUGCUUGAUAAACUUUUAGAUCUAAAUCCAGCUUCAAGAAUAACAGCAGAAGAGGCUUUGUUGCAUCCUUUUUUUAAAGGUAUCAGCUUGUGACUAUCGUUCUUCAUUUAAGAUUGCUGAUGUGUAUUGUGAGGUGGGGUGAAAAAGUUAUUUGUAAAGCCAUGAAUUCUUGACAAGAGACUAGGGCAGGAUGAAUAUUUUAAAAUUUAAGUAUUUGUGCUUGUGACAGAUUCUAAAAUAUGGAUUAAGAUUAUUUAAGAUGCCUGGGCUAAUUCUUUGGACUAAUAACAUGAUCUAUGAGGUAGAUCUACCCAAGUAGAAUCAGAUCUUUAGUUUCCCUAAUUACUUGUCACUCUGCCAUAUGCAGAAAAAGGAGCAGUUGUGGUCUAGUACGUAGUGGUUCAAGGUACAGAUCCUAAAAUUAAUGGAUGUGAUAGAGAUUAAAUGAGUCAAAAAACAUACUUCAUUGGUUUCUUUGAACUGUGUUUUCUUUUGUAAAACUCAACCUGGUGCUGGUGCUCUAAUUAUCCAGUAAGUAAAGAUAAUUUCCGCUUCUAGAGGCAUGUAUUAAUACCUUUUAUGAACACUAAGACAGUGAAAAAAUGCAGGGUUGGGGGUAAUAUUGCUUAAAAUUGAAUUUAAUGUAUCUAUUGUUGAAAGUAUUUUGUGAAGGCAUUUUUUUGUGUGAAUUGCCAUGUUCUUCUUAAUGGUUUCUCUCUUGAUUUUUUGGCCUUCUCUACUGCCACCCAGCACAGUCUCCUUGGAAAAAAUACAGUGCUUCCCACAAAGUUUCUGGGUACUUGGUUAAAUACUGCAUGUGUUUACAGGUGGGAACUUAAAACAGUGCAUAAUAACCUGGUUGAUAAAAGGGGCAAGCUGUAGGACCAAAGUGAAGAUUGGAUAGUCCAAAAUGCUUUUAUUUUUCUUUAAAUGUAUGUUUUUUUCACACCAUCUGAGGUAUAAUUAGGUAGCUGCUAAAAGGGAAAAUGAACACAGAAUCUAGAAUAUUAUUGGAGAUUUCUUUUCCUCUGCCUAGAGCCACCUAGUUCUCCCUAAAUACCUUGUUUUGACUAAGUUGGUCUUGCUAAGAGAAGGUUGAUUACUGUACUCUUUAAGAGUCUUGGGUGAGUUGAGAAGAAAGUUAAUGAAGUAGGCACCUUAGAAAAGGACCAGAGAAAGAGGGAUGUGUAUUAUUACUGCCUACCAAAAUGAUGCAUAUCAGACUUCCGUGGGACAUAAGUCGGGGUGUAGGUCUGCUAAGAAGUUUCCCACUUAGUAGUCAGAAUGUGGAAACAGCUUCAAGACAUACACUAUUCAUUUUGUUAUUUUGAGCACUGAAAUCAGUAUGUCUACCUACUCUACUUGGUAAAUAUAAUAUACAUAUAUAUAUGCCAUUUCAAUUGAUCUGCUCUGUCUUCUCAUGUUGUAAUCUUUAAAAAAAAACUAGAAUGUUCUUGAAUUUGUUUAAUAAAGUUACCCUUUUUAAUAUUUCUUAUGUCAGACUACUCAUUUGAAAAAUACUUGAGGAAAAAACCAAGGUAUUGACCACAGUAUUUUCCUUCUCAGACUGAUGAGUGCUCUCUCUUCAGCAAAUAAUAGAGUAACAAAAAUUGGCCUGAUUGAGGUGAUUCAAGGAAAGAUAGAAAUAGAUUUUUUUGUUUUCUAGAAAAGGUGCUCAUUGACUUCAUUUUUAGGUUGUCACAAGUAGUAAAGCAAUAAAACCAUCUCAUUAACCAAAGUGAAGUUUUAGAUAAAAAGGUACUCUUAUGUAACUCAGUCCACUUAACAUAUUCUUGGAAAAUUAAUAGGUAGAAAAAUGUAACUACCAAACGUGUAGGGAAGGAGAUACUUUCUAAGAAAGUUUAAUAUUGAGGGCUGUUGGUUUAGCUUUCCAUUAAUGUCACUUUUAGAAUAGAACUUGGUUGAUACACAAGGUGAGGUAAAGGGAACUAGUGUUUUAAAAGAUAUCCAGUAUUACAAAUUAAUUCUCACAGAAUUUAAGUCCCACUAGAGAAUGUUGCCUCAAUUUUGGGUGCUGUAUAGAUAAAAAGUAGAAAGGAGCUUCCAUGUGCGUACUUUCAGAUUUUCCAGCCUUCUGGAUACUUUUUUAUAAUGGCAGAUACCUCCCUAAGAGAUCUUUAGUAGGCAGAAUAGGCAUUCCUAAGGAACGAUAGAGAAGGUAACUAGUUGAUGCCAUUUCCUAUUAUUAUGGAAGUUCCCAGAAUAUUUAGCUAUUUUUCAUUGUCAUUGCUUUUUAAAAUUCUUACUGUUCAGACUCUUGAGAUAAAACUGUUAAGGGUGUUUUCAUUUAAUAAGAAUUAGACAUUUAGAACUAUUAAUAACAAGCUACAAGUAUUGGUUUUUGAAACAGGCUGCAGCUCUGUAGCAUUUUUAAUGAAACUUUUCCUUAUAAGGAGAUGAUUAUGGUUGCCUUAAUGACCUAAAUAAAAAUGUGGCUCAAGAGUGGUUAUUCCAGAGAAUUCAACUUAGUUUAUUUCAAAUCUGAACAGAAGUCAUCAAGUGAUGUUAAUCUCUUAUGUUUCUGGCAUCAGCAUUUUAGGAACAAGAUGGUGUUGCAAAUGCAGAAUAUUGAUUGCAUAAAGUCUUGAAACCCACAAAACUCAAAGGCUUAGGUAUUAGUAAUUUCUUCUGUUUAUGUAAUUUCAGCCGUUCGCAUCACCGAAAAGAUAUUUAUCUUAAGAAACUGGGGCUAAAUUUGUCGGGUAAUGCUGUCUGCCAAUGUCUGCAGAUGUAUUGUUUCCACCUACAUUUGUGCGUGCUGUUUGUGGUCUUUAUAAAGAACUGUAUCUAAUAUCGGGUGGAAAUGUCAACUCUUCAGAUUUUUUCCUAUGUUCUUAGAACUGAUGUUGCAAUUUCCUGAUCUUGUCAAAGGAUGUGUUUGAACUGUCUUACUUUCUUGAAAGGUGGAUAUCAUCACCCACAUACUAGAUAAGUACUCAGAAGUAGUUAAUGCUGUGUCAAAUUACAGCAAGAUUUUCAACAAAGUAACCACAAAGGUCAGUGCUAAGACAAGUAUUUAGUAAAUAAUGAUAUGUUAGAUAUCUAAAAUGAAAAGGCAGUUGCAAGUUGGGCAAGAAAAUUAUAAAAAUGAAAUUCUGGAAAGUGAUUGCAAAGUAGUCUGAGCUUAAUUUUACUGGCUAAGUUUUUUUCAGUAGAAGAAUAUUAACUAAAAGAAUAAAAUUGUCCUUGACCCCUGUUAUGGAUGCUUUAAAAAUAUAUUAAAAUGUGGAAAAGGAUUCAAAAGGAUAAGCAAGAAACUUAUUUGGAGAGUGUAUACAUAGCUUUUGUAAAACAAGGAAGAUGACCAGAAAGCAGAUGUGAAUGGUUUAGAUAUGUGUUUAAGCAGGCACCAGGUGCAAAAUGCUUUUUAAAUUUAAUACUGUACACUGCCCUAGCCCUUAAGCAGAUUCCAUCUUGGGCCCUACUGAUGCAUUUCUUUGAGGAAAGUAACAGGUUUAGCAUUAGGAAGUUCAGUGCUGCCUUACAAAGGAAUAUAGAGGAAUAACUGGCUUCUAAAUUCAUCUCUGGUUGCAGAUUUAGGGAAGGCCAGUGUCACUCCUUGUAGUCGGGAACCUAGAGCAGUCAAGGGAUGGGCCUCUUGACAUCCUGAAAUCAACCCUAAAAGCACUGUCAGCUAGGGAGUGAGUAGCACAAGUCAGAAAAUGAAAGAGCCAUCUGAUAAUUUCAUUCUAAUGAGAAUUUUUGCAUGUCUCUUAUCUACAUCCUAUCAAUGCUGCGGUUUUAUAUGUGCGUAUUUAAUUAUGUGUUCACCCUUUGUGUAAAUUCCUUCUGUAACUUCUCUGAAGACUGUAGUAUAUGAUCUAGAAAUGAUGAUGAACAAGGACAAGACUAAGACAGUAAAUCAGAAACAGAUGUAUGGCUCUGAAGCCUCACAUUGUUAUUUAGCCCUAUCCUUAAGUAAAAGCACCUCCAAAUUUCUCUAACACUCAUCUUAAUACUUUUUUACCCAGUAGAAGUUUCUUUAUUCCUUCUGGCAUGUUGCUGGUCUACCUACACUCAAGUGUUCUGAUUAAAAACAAAACCAGUCCCACUGUAUGUGUGUGUGAAUGAGUGAUCUUUAUACAAGAAUUAGCAAUGCUGCUUUACACUUCUCCCCCAAGGUUUAUGAAAUGAAUGUCUGUCCUGUGAGUGUCUCUUCUGUCAUUUUAACUUAUUUUAAAACUCCAUAGAUAAGUGGCCCUAUCAAAUGUGGACUCCUCAUAAAAUGGAAACUUAUUAGCACUUUUAUGUAUAGAAAUAAACACCAGUGUCUUUUUGUUGUGUAUUAUGAGGAAGUGUCUUUCUAGUUUGUCCCUAUAUAGUGUGACUAGACUAGUCCCUGGCAUUUAUUGAGUGGGUGUUCAAUAAAUAUUUAUUAAGUGAUUGCA